GUGUUGUUUGGUUUGUUCAUCGUUUGCGUAUUUCCCAGUUCAUAAGAUUUCAUCAAAUUUCUUCAAUUCGCUGGAUUUGAUUUCGAUUUUGAUUCGAAUCUUCUCGACAUGAGUUAUAUAUACGAGCACAACAUGAUAUGAGUUUCCUCAGAGGUAUAAUUGAUUCGUUUAGCUCUAUUCUCAACGAAGAAUCUAAGAAAGAUCCUAGUGUUUCAUCAUCAUCAACUUCUUCUGAGUCCAUGAAUGGUAUCGAUGGAGUUCCGGUUACUAACGAACGAAUUGCGUAUAAGCUUAAAGGAUACUUCGAUUUAGCGAAAGAGGAAAUCGCUAAAGGGGUUAGAGCAGAAGAGUGGGGUUUACAUGAUGAUGCUCUUCUUCAUUAUAGAAAUGCUCAAAGGAUCAUGAAUGAAGCUACUUCUACUCCUUCUCCUUCGUAUAUUAGUUCCAGUGAAAAGGAGAAGGUGAGAUCGUACCGAGAGAAGAUUUCAAAUUGGCAAAAUCAAGUAUCUGAGAGAUUGCAAGCUUUGGGUAAGCGUACAGGUGAUAAAGUUUUAAAUUUUUGACCUUUUUUGCAUAUUAAUAUGAAGAAGCACAAGUGAAUUCACACUAAUGGUUGUUUGUUUUACUUGUUUCUGUCAUCAAUGGUGUUCAUAUUUUAGGUGUUGGAAUGUCUGAGAAUAAGAGGACGGUGGCAUAUCCUUCUUCAGCUUCAGUUUCCUCUACAGCGUCAAGGUAUAGGAAAACUUUAUCGCAAAAGACUCCGGUUGCCAGAGGUGGCGUUGCAACGCCAAGGAACCCUAAAGAUGCUGCUGCAAGCCCAAAACCUGUGAAAGAAUCUGGAAAUGUCUAUGAUGAUAAGUUGGUUGAGAUGAUAAAUACAACAAUAGUGGAUAGAAGCCCAUCUGUGAAAUGGGAUGAUGUCGCUGGACUUAAUGGAGCUAAACAAGCUUUGUUGGAGAUGGUAAUUUUACCGGCAAAACGAAGAGAUUUGUUCACUGGUCUCCGAAGACCAGCGAGAGGUCUGCUUCUCUUUGGGCCACCUGGCAAUGGGAAAACAAUGCUUGCCAAGGCAGUCGCUUCUGAGUCACAGGCAACAUUUUUCAAUGUCUCAGCAUCUUCUUUGACAUCAAAAUGGGUGGGUGAGGCUGAAAAGCUAGUUAAAACGCUGUUUCAAGUUGCAAUAUCCAGACAACCGUCUGUUAUAUUUAUGGAUGAAAUAGAUAGUAUAAUGUCAACAAGGUCAACCAGUGAGAAUGAAGCAAGCAGAAGGCUGAAAUCAGAAUUUCUUAUCCAGUUUGAUGGUGUGACUUCUAAUCCUGAUGAUUUGGUGAUUAUCAUUGGAGCUACUAACAAGCCACAGGAGUUGGAUGAUGCAGUGCUUAGGAGAUUGGUGAAGAGAAUAUAUGUACCAUUGCCGGAUUCCAACGUCAGAAAACUACUUUUUAAAACUAAAUUAAAGUGCCAGCCUCACUCGUUAUCCGAUGGCGACAUUGAUAAAAUCGUCAAAGAAACCGAAGGAUACUCAGGAAGCGAUCUCCAAGCAUUGUGUGAAGAAGCUGCAAUGAUGCCAAUCAGAGAACUCGGUGCAAAUAUUCUAACGAUCCAAGCAAAUAAAGUAAGAUCUCUACGAUAUGAUGAUUUUCGGAAAUCAAUGGCAGUGAUCAGACCAAGCUUGAGUAAAAGCAAAUGGGAAGAGCUUGAACGUUGGAACUCAGAGUUUGGCUCUAAUUGAAUUUCUUCUUGGAUUGUUUGUUUCUGUUGUAAAUCUUAGGUAGUUGUACUUUUUUUUUUUUUUUUCUCAUAAGUGAAAUAUUGUAUUAAAGAAACGAGACAUACAAACUGGACUACAAAAGCCCGAUUACAGAUGUUAACAAGAUCUAACAGACCCAAAAGAGAAUUGUCGACGCAAGAAGAAAACUUCAUUUUGACUCCAUCGAUUACAACGUGUCAACAACAUAACACGUGUUAGACGAGUAACCAAAGUAUUCUGAUAACAUCUUUCGUCGUCCGAGCAUCAAUUCCGGUAAAGAAUCACCACAGAUAAUGAAAUCAGUCAUGGAUUUUUUUGGGAAUUUAUCGGGAUAAACUAAUUGAAGCUCCACAAAGAGAUAACAGCUCAAAGCUAUGGUAAUAAACGUCGGAAACCACUUCAUUUCUUCAACACAAAUUGCAAUUCUCUAAAUCAAAAUCUGUAAUCAUCAGUUUAAAGGAAACACGCCGGCUCAUAAGCAUCAAAGCGACAAAUCGCUUAAACUAAUUUAACCAACACAUCCUAAAACUUAUUAAAAGGAAAUAAACGAAAGAUGCUGAAGGUAGUUGUACUUAUAUGAUGUAGAGUUCAAAAAACAGAACA